CUAACCUAGAAAAAUUUGUUGAUUUUUCUGUUUACUUUUGGCGGAAUACGAUAUUUGAAAUCUAAUUUAAUCCUUUUCCAUUUUGUGAUAUUAAUCUUUAAAAAUGGAUAUUACUUUAUACAACGAUAUUGUUACUGUUAUCAGACAUUUUAGUGGACUUACAAGAAACUGUGCAAAGAAACUACAAGAAACAUUCCCUAAUCUUAACACAAACACUUUAUAUAGCAUUUUAAGUGUGGAGUAUCAACGCCGAAUGAAAAGUAAUUACGGCAAAAGUCAAAAUAAUCGAAAUCGAUAUUGGGACUUGUUUCGUAAAGGUGUAGAGAAUCAAGAAAGACCCGGUAUUUUAGUCAAAUUGUCGGAGCUUUUUGAUAUUGCUCCUUGUUUAAUGGCUAAACUGAUUUUACAGAAAUAUUUCGAUGACCAGGAAACAGAGAAAACUCAACAGGAUAAAAAGGAGGCUCGGGAGGCUCAAAUAAAUGUAAACAAAUAUUUAAAAAACACUUAUAUGAUCCCUGAUUCUGAUUUAGCAUAUGAGGUAUUUCUGUGUACUGUGUUUGAUAAUCUCUAUAGCCCAUUAGCAGAUGCUAUGAAAAUGUCAUUAGGACAACAGUACGAAAUUCGUCUUCAUAAGGAUGCUAUGGCAUUGGGCUUAACUUUUCGUGAUGAGGAAUACCUGAGAAAAUUUGGGUACGACAAAACACCAGAUUUAAAGUUAGAGGUUCCUGUAGCUAUCGAUGGUUUUGUGAUUAAUUGGAUAGAAAGUAAAGCUUUGUUUGCUGAUGAAGAACUGCACAGAGAUUAUACUAAGAACCAGUAUUUAAGCUAUUGGAACAGGUUUGGACCUGGAUUAGUUAUUUACUGGUUUGGUUAUUUGAAAAAAAUUACAGAAUCGUCGGACAAAAGAUUUAUAGUUAGAGAUCAUUUACCCUCUCAUAUUAAAAAGUUAGAUAUCAGUAAAGCUUCAAUAGAGUUAGCAAAUGGGCUGAAAUAAAUUGUAAUGAUGUUAUUCCUAUGUUACUCAUAGGAAGAUUUAAUAACUUUAUAUAAUUCUAAUCAAUAUAUAGCUUUAUAUGUUAAAUAGUUUGAGGCUAAUUCUAUAGAGCUUUAAGAAUGCAAAUAUCUUAUACACUCAGAUGCAAAAAAACGCUACGGAGAAUUUUUUGCUCAAAUUUUAAGUGUUAUAUUUUUGUUAUUUUAGCCCUAUUUUCAUAAUU